CUCCUGGACCAGCUCAGCGCUGUACAUGCUGAGCUGCGGCCGGGGACCUCAGACGUCACAUUGUCCUUUCCUAGACGUCACAUGGUGUUCUUCCUCCUGUUCCUCAGGUGCUCCUGCAGUUGAAGAAAGGCAGAAAGCAAGGACGUGGCAAGGAGGAGGCCCGGCGAAACGAAGGUCAGUUUUGCCCUGAGAACGAGCUCUGGUCAAUGAGACAUGGGCGCUUAAUCCUUUCGCUUGGCAGAGCGGCGAGAUUGAGAAUGGCCAGCGAGAAGGUCAGCAGUGGGGCCUUGGCUGCAGGAGCUGGUGCACCAGCUCACCACGUGCCUGGAGGGGAGGGCUUCCGCAACCCUUGGCCUUCGUUCAAUCAAAAGCAGGGACUGCUUGUGUUUGGAAAGCUCAUGCUUCAGGAUUGGAACAGUAAAACUGCCAAGGUCACCACAGACAUGGUCAAAGCCCUGCAACCUGUGGAGCCCGACCUUGAAAAGAUUAUUGCUCCUCCAAACAACAAGAUUCAGCUUACUUGGAUAGGACAUGCGACAUAUCUGAUGCAAAUGGAGGGCCUGACAAUCCUGACAGAUCCAGUCUGGGGGGACCGUUGCUCUCCCUCAAAGUGGUUUGGACCUAAAAGGCAUGUGCAACCCCCUCUCCCUCUCAGCAAGCUCCCAGAAGUGGACGUCAUCUUGAUCUCUCACAACCACUACGACCAUCUCGAUGUGGACACAAUCAAGACCAUGGGAAACAAGCCCUUGUACCUCGUUCCCCUGGGCUUGAAGAAGUUCUUCACUGAUCUGGGUAUCAGCAACGUGGUGGAGCUCGACUGGUGGCAAGAGAAGAAGCUCACCUCCAAGGGAGUCGAAAUAACUGCCACCUGCACCCCGGCCCAGCACUUCUCGUCAAGGACCGCUUUUGACAGGAAUAAGACGCUGUGGUGCUCCUGGGUAGUCCGAGGGCCCAAAAGACGUGUCUGGUUUGGGGGAGACACGGGUUAUCGGUCUGUGCCAAAGGAACGAACGACCACGAGUGAUCCGCCUCACGUGCAGAACGAGGGUCUUCCCGUCUGCCCUGCCUUUGCGGAGAUCGGCGAGCGGUAUGGCCCCUUCGACGUGGCGCUUAUCCCAAUUGGUGCCUACGGACCUCGCUGGUUCAUGAGCGCUGUGCACUGCUCCCCAGAGGACGCUGUCGCAGUCCACGUGGACGUCAAGUCGAAGCAAUCGGUAGCGAUGCACUGGGGCACCUUUUCCUUGACGGACGAGCCGCUCUUGGAGCCUCCAGUACGACUAAGCAAGGAACUGCAAAGGCUGAGGAUUGAGCCAGAGUCGUUCAUUGCGUUGAGACACGGGGAAACUCGUCAAUUCGUUUGAUAGCUCAAAAUGAAACUUGCACCUGGCUAUGUAAAUACGGGGUCCUUCGUUCCUGACGUGCAUGUUAGUAAUAUUGGUUGAUCACAGUCUUACUUCUUGAUUUAUGAAGGAGGUUGUCUGCAUCGUAUGCUCGAAAGGCUUUUUUGAAAGCGCAUGCUUCGACGAAAAGCGCCCCUGGAUGGACCUGACAUGGCUUAAUUUUAAACAUAUGUUUGUAAAGGGCUCUUGAGCAAGACCGACAGAAAGCUUCGGAAGAGCAUAGGAGUACUUCUGACCAAGGGUUGAACGUUGAGAGGAUUUGCCCUGCUUCUUCGUGCCUCUUAAAGCUGUACAUUGUCGCUGGUGACGCUUUGAUUUUGACCCGGAAGUUGUAAGACGCAGUAUGGUCACAUGGGUAGAGCGGUUGUAGCGGGCGUUGUAGCUUGUUCCUUAUUACUAUGGAUGUAGCACGUGGGCCUAAUUUGCCGUUUGGGUGCUACAUAACACUUGAAGGCCAU